UUAAAUUUCCCACUCGACCAGUACGGCGUCGUAACGUCACAGAAUCCUUUCAAACACCCAGCCUUGGUUUUAUUAUUCUCACACAAAUUCUCCAACAAAAUUCUCUUCUUCUUCUUCUUCAACCAGACGCACCCCAAAUGGCUGCUGUUCCAGUGACUUGUGUUAGGUUGACGACUUCCAUGCACAACAACCAGAUAGUUCGGAAAAACUCGACGUUCAUGAUAGUUCCCAUGGGUCGGAUCGAACGUGGUUUCCCUUGCUUGAGAUCGUCACGCUUUCAAAUCGCCUGCGCGGCAAAGCCGGAGACAGUGACCAAAGUUUGUGAAAUUGUUAAGACUCAGUUAGCAUUGUCUGCCGACUCUGAGGUUGCACCCGACUCUAAAUUUUCCGCCCUUGGUGCCGAUUCGCUCGACACGGUCGAAAUAGUGAUGACAUUAGAAGAAGAAUUUGGCAUCAGUGUCGAAGAAGAGAACUCUCAAAACAUUACCACUGUUCAAGAAGCAGCUGAUCUUAUCGAAAAACUCGUUGAGAAGAAAAAUGAAACGGCAUAAAUUUUUGUCACGUUUUUAUAAGUCUUUUCAAAUAGUAAACGAUUGUUUGAUUAGAUAUUUGUUUGAAAAUGAGAAAAGAAAACUAAGUACGAUUAAUUAUUUGGAACAUAUCAAGAUCAGUUACAUGAGUUUUCAGAUCUUUUAGAACGUUUUUGAUCGUUCCAUCUUUUAUUUAUGUUUCAGAAUAGACGAGAAUUAAUUAGUA